AUGACCAAUAUAGGGGAUUCGGUAUUUGAAACAGAGACUGCAGAGAUAUCUCCAGUUAAAACAUGCGAAAUUAUCAUUGACAAUAACCCGGCAGUUACUGAAUCGACCCUGUUGAAACAUCUCAGUUGGUCGUACAAUACUUUUACCAACGAUAUGAAAGGGGUUAAAGCGGAGAUAACAGUUAUGCAAAAACAAAUAACAUCUAUAAACAAUGUUAUUAACUCUACCAACGCGAUUAUAGAAUCUAUUAGUAAGGUUUUGGACUCUACCGAAAACCGCCAAAUAUCGUACGACACCAGAAUGGAGACCUUGCUUAAGGAGCUUUCCAUAAUUUUAGACGAGAAAAACAGAGCGAUAAACGAGCGAGAUAUCACUAUCAAACAGCUUCAAGCGAAUUUGUCAGAAAUUGAAAAUGAAAGAAACUUAUUAAAUCUUAAGAAUUUACCAACAAAGCAUGUUGACAAUAAAAGUAAGACUGCAUCGCCUCCAAUGCAGCCCUUGAUGUGUCAAAUGAAUAAUAUUGAGGAUUUAAUCAACUUGUCUAAAAUUAACGAUCUAUGUGAUACUGAAACCGAUGUCUUGGACGAUGCAUCCAAAUCUGAUGAUAUGCUUCUAAGUCCAAAUACGUCUACUAUAAAGGAACUUGAGGCCUUUAUUGACAAGUCUUUUUAUAGCGCCUCUGUCGAGCUAUCUAAUCCUGUCCAGCCGACGGACUUCUCUACUCUAGCGCAAAGACGCUCUCAAGAAAACCUGCCUAAACCCGAAGCUCAAUUUCUAACAUUUAAAGAAAACGUUGAAACUCAGCUACAAGUUUUGUCGUACAAACUCUUUGAACAGAAUAAUACCAUAAAUAUAAAUAAACAAGAGCUAUGCAAAUUGACCUGCAAAAAUUUACAUCUUAAAUCACGUAUCUCGGAGUUGGAGGGGAGAUUGUCGCCAAAGAAUACAACAAAUGGGAGUAGUGACCUGAGCCUGUGUGAAAAAAUAGUUAAAGGAAAUAAUAUCUUAACUGCGAAUAUAGAUGCUUGUGCUACUUCUAGUCGCCUUUCGCCUGGAACAACUGCAUAUGUCGAUGACAGCGAUGAAUAUGCUAUCUCAACUGCGAAUGUCGAUGCUUGUGCUGUUCCUAGUAACAGUUCACCCGAAAAAAGUGCGCAUGCUGAUGACACUUCGGCCCCUAUAAGUCAACAGUAUGGUGAAGAUAACAGCGCAGAUUAUGAUAAAGAGACGUUGAACCGGACUGACAAUAUCGUCAACCCAGAACGCACAAUCAAGUCAACAAAGCAAGUUUUGAACCUGUUAAGUAAUCCAACUAUGGAUAACCAUGGAGAGAACAAAGAAAACAUCGGUCUCGUAUCAGUGAACAGUAGCGGAAGGUGUCAGCAAAAUUCGACCUCUUACGAGCAAGAAUUAAGGUCCCCCAGAACCCCAAAUAGGUCAACAAAUAAGCCUCGCCAGAAGCCAAAUACAAAGGCUGCCUUACAAAGCACAAAUGUUAACAAUAAAAUCAAGUCUGAUCUGCCCCUCCCGACCCGCUCUAAAUCCCAAGUACCUGAGUGGCUUUCCCGUUUACCUUUGGUUGAAAUCCCAGUUGACUAUAGUCAAUCUCCUUUUCCAAAGCGUCAGCGAACCGAGAACCCACCAUACCAGCAAAGCGGAUGUCCCCGAACUAAAUUCCAAGUACCCAAGUGGCUUUCUUGUUUACCUUUGGUUGAAAUCCCAGUUGAUUAUAGUCAAUCUCCUUUUCCAAAGCGUCAGCGAACCAAGAACCCACCGUACCAGCAUAUUGGAUGUCCCAGAACGAGGGAUUGGCUGAGUUACCUCGACUUUGUUCGCCAAUCCACGAAAACCAAUUCGAAAUUACAUCAUUCCGACCGAUCUCAGCUAACUCUCGUUUCACGAUCACGCCUAACAACAUCUUAA